CCGAUUCAUUCGCUCAUUCCUUCGAUCGGAGUGAAGACGGGCAGCAAUCUCUAGCGUUUUCGGCGAAUAAAAACAUGGCAGGUUACCUGAAGGUCCUCAGCUCUCUCACUAGGUCUGCCGCAACUCUAUCCAAAAGCCCCGCCGUUCUCGCUCCAGCUUCUUGCCAGAGUUUGCAACAGAGGAACUAUGCUGAAAAGCGCAUCAAGGUGGCACAGCCGGUGGUGGAGAUGGACGGAGAUGAGAUGACCAGGAUCAUCUGGGAGUUCAUCAAAGAAAAGCUCAUUCUGACCAAUGUGGAUGUGGAGCUGAAGUACUUUGACCUUGGUCUUCCUUACCGUGACCAGACAAAUGACCAAGUCACAAUUGACUCUGCUUUAGCCACCCAGAAAUACAACGUUGCUGUGAAAUGCGCCACCAUCACACCUGACGAAGCUAGGGUUGAAGAAUUUAAUCUAAAGAAAAUGUGGAAGAGUCCUAACGGAACCAUCAGGAACAUACUUGGUGGUACUGUCUUCCGUGAACCAAUCAUCUGCAAGAACAUUCCCAGACUUGUCCCUGGCUGGACGCAGCCCAUCACAAUUGGCAGACAUGCCCACGGUGAUCAGUACAAAGCAACAGACUUUGUUGUGAACCAGCCGGGCAAAUUUAAAAUAGUCUUCUCUCCAGCCGAUGGAAGUAAAAACAAGGAGUGGGAGGUGUUUAAUUUUCCUGCUGGUGGCUGUGGAAUGGGCAUGUACAACACUGAUGAGUCCAUUACUGGGUUCGCUCACAGCUGCUUCCAGUAUGCCAUUCAGAAGAAAUGGCCUCUCUACCUGAGCACCAAAAACACCAUCCUUAAGGCUUACGAUGGCCGAUUUAAGGACAUUUUUCAGGAAAUCUUUGAGAAAAACUACAAGCCAGAGUUUGACAAGCUGAAGAUCUGGUAUGAGCACAGGCUUAUCGAUGACAUGGUAGCUCAAGUGCUUAAGUCAUCGGGUGCUUUUGUAUGGGCCUGCAAGAACUAUGAUGGAGAUGUGCAGUCUGACAUUCUUGCUCAGGGUUUCGGUUCUCUGGGGCUGAUGGCAUCAGUGCUGGUAUGUCCUGAUGGAAAGACGAUUGAGGCUGAGGCCGCUCAUGGCACAGUAACUAGGCAUUACCGUGAGCAUCAGAAGGGCAGGCCAACAAGCACUAACCCCAUUGCUAGCAUCUUCGCUUGGACCAGGGGACUCGAACACCGUGGCAAACUUGAUGGUAACCCAGACCUGAUCAAGUUCUCUCAUACUCUCGAGAGGGUGUGUGUGGAGACUGUGGAGAGUGGCAUUAUGACCAAGGAUCUGGCUGGCUGCAUUCAUGGUCUUGCCAACUGUAAGCUGAACGAGCAUUACAUCAACACCACAGACUUCCUGGAUGCCAUCAAGACCAAUCUGGACAAGGCUCUGAUCAAAUGAAGGACAAUGGGUCUUUUUGUACCUCAUUUUUAACUUAAAGGUCGUAUUUACAAACGCAAUGUAUGAAUGGAGGGUUAUAAAAACAUAGUGAUGUUCAGUUAAGGUGUUCUGUUCGCUAAUAAUCCUGCUGAUGGGAUCCACCAUCUCUCCCCACACCAUCAGGUUCUAUUUUUGUAAGAUGAAGUACUGUAUACCAAAUUCUGUAUAAUGCCAUAGGAAAGGGUAAUUUCAAAAACCCUCUAAUAAAUCUUUUGUCA